UGUUUCGUUUUAUGUCAGGAACAGAGAAUAAACCAUAGAGAGGGAAUAAACUAAGGUUUUUUUUAUUGUGUAGCUUUUUUAUGUUGUCUCAAAAGUGGUUUGCAAUUUUGUUGAGAACUUGUAAAUAAAAAGGGGUCUUUGGAGCGUUUCUGUUAUUUGGGAGGUCUUUGCAUGCAAAUUGUUCAUGAAAAAUAGAGUUAUGUUGCUCUUGGACGUCAUUUUGUUCUUGUUCAAGAAAACAAUCUAAGUAGCGACUCAGCCUCAACAAUGCCACGCCCCCCACAGAGAAAGAAAUCCGGACAAGUCCAUGGUAACAAGCCCAAACAGAAAUGAUGGCCGAUGGGAAUUGAAUUCGCCUUUGUUCUUUUCUAAUCGACAUGACAAUAUGCUUAUCAUAAUAAACCAUAAUGGAAAAGAAUAGAAAUCGACUUCUGUUUCUUUUCGGUUAUAAAAGAUUGUUUAAUCAAAUUCCAAAGAUUAUAAUUUUUGCGAAGGACACGGUACAUGGCUCCGAUUAUUUAAUGUGCUAUCGAGUAUGGGGUAUGAUGGUCUGGUGAUGCUGCGAUUCUGGAUCAGGACAAGGAAGAAAAAUGCCUGGUUUUUGAAUUAACGUGGCCAACUCCCCCCGAGCAACCGCCGAGAAAUAAGAGCUUACCAAGCAAAUAUGUUUUGUGAAUAGGGAAAGGUUUAUUGAAGCGACAGGAAGCAUGCUGCAAGUACCUGAUUGGCUUUUUGUGCUUUUAACAACAUUAAGCAUUUUGCUUAUGGUUGCAUUGCUGACAUGCUUGAUAUCCUGUGUUAUUGUUCGACUGAGAAAGCGGGGCAGGCAUCUGCCAAUAGAGCAUCAAUUCCUCAUGCAAGACCAUGCAUCCUAUGGACACAUGACCCCAUCAUAUAUUCCAUACACAGUACCAAAAGCUGUUCAAGCAUCAAUAGCAAAAGCUGCCAGCCCUCCUUACCACUUGCCAGUUUCAGUAAGUGGAAGGCAUUAUUAUGCAGAACACACCAGGGCAGUGGAUUAUUCAAACAGCAGUCGAAGUGAGCCAGCAAUAAACCGAGCAGGGAGUUUAGAUGACAGGUAUAGCAGCAAACUAGUGCCAAAGCUAAGGGAACCCUAUUUCAGAUCUGGGAGUCUGCUAAAUGGUAGCUACAAGCUGCCAAGUCGACCGAGCAGCAGAGCUAGCAGUCUUCGAAGUGAGCCUAUUGAGCCCAUUGAUCUGGAGCCUAAUCGUAACUUUUUACCAAGCAAGGAAGUAUACUUGCACAGCUCAUUGUUGAAUGCAGAAUCUCAAGAAGUGGAAGCUAAUAAUGAAUUCGAGGUAACAGAUUAUGUUGUCAGCUAUGAUCAGAAAGGAGAUGUUAAUGAUGUGGAGGGAAAGUUCCCAAAUGGUGCUUUGAUUUUGUCUUUAUUUUAUGACUCUGAUGCUUCACAGCUUGUUGUUGUUAUAAGACAAGCUAUUGACCUUCCUGUUAGCCAGGUGAGAGAAGAAAACUUUGAAGUAUAUGUUAACUUCUGUAUUCUCCCUGAAGACUUUUAUUGGCAACGGACAGAAUCUGUUAUGCAUACCCGACAUCCCAUUUUUGAGCAGUCAUUCAAGAUUCCAGAUGUUCUGCAUCACAAAUUGCGGCAAUACACAUUGUGUUUCCUAGUCAUGGAUUCAAGUGGAAUGCAGGAAACAAUAGUUGGAAAAGUGAUGGUUCCAUUAUCAGAACUGCGUGCUGGUAUGGAUCUUGAAAUGUGUAGAGAACUUGGCACUGACUAGAAAUGGCUCCUUACCUUUUGUGUUAUUUAUAUGUUUAUCAGUGAAAUUGGAAUAUAUAAAAAGGCAAAUUAUGUUACCAGUCUAGAAAUUAUAGCAUCAAUCAUUUCUUCCUGUUUUUUCCAAAUACCUUGCUACAGAAGAUUGUGCAAGUAAGCAAUUACAGACCACAUCCGCAUCAAGCCUGGCCUCUAAAUUUUCCUUUUUCAGCUCUAUUGUUGUAAAUAAUUUCUGUAAAUUGUACAAAUACUCUAACAUUGGAGAGGGCCUGCCAGGGGUAAUAGGGCCAAACAUUGAAAAAAGUUAUUUGGAACAAGGUUGAUUAGGGAGCCUGGGAACACAAACCCCUGGUAGGCAUCAAUGGAGAAUGUUUUGCAUAGAAAAGCCAGUUUUUAGGAAAUUAAAUGUAGCUAAGAAGGUAAAAUUUUUCAAAAUAUUCUUGGUUGAAUUUCUGCUCUUUGAAAGCAAUUGUUGAAUAAAAACAACCUCACCUGAAACCAAAAUGUUUGCAUUGGUAGGUAGGCAGGUUUGCUGUAAGCUUUGAUAAAUUAAGUGCAUGGAAUUUUAGUAUUGUGGCUUAUUUUUCUUCUGUAGUUUCAUACCUAAAUUAUAGACACGUUUUGUACUUGGUAGUGUGAUAUAUAUUUAGACCAAAUU